GCAGUGUGUACCAGGCACUUGCUGGUGUGUGAGUGUUAGCUUUUUUGCUUUCAUUUCCACAAAGGAAGAACUCUGCUCCAGCUCCAUCUGGUCAUGCAGCCUGAUUUGUCGAAUUUGACGCUCCAUCUGGAGAACUCGCUGACGCGGACGCUGACCGACUACCUUAACAGCUGGACCUGGAAUGCCACGGAGGCGGACCGAAAGCUGGACGCGCGCCUGACCGAGGAGAACUUCCGCAACGUCAUCUGGUAUCUGAUGGUGAUGAUCGGCAUGUUCGCCUUCAUCGUAGUGUCCAUCUUGGUGAGCACGGUCAAGUCCAAGCGGCGCGAGCACUCCGACGACCCCUACCACAAGUACAUCGAGGGGGACUGGAACGCCGACCCCAACCUGGUCAUCACCAACCCCAGCCCCAAGGACUUCAGUGGACCGGCCUCACCCUGAGAGCCCCUGCCUCUGCUGCGUCCGCCUCUCUCGACCUUACCACCACUAUCAGCCCAGGGGCACAUUUCCUGAGAGCACCUACUGUGUGUCACUGUUGAAGAUGAAAAUACCCUUUACAAGAUUGCUAUUAAUGUGAUGAUUGCAUGUAUACAAGUGCAUACAUGACCUCUAAACAUUAUAACCUAAUGUCCAAUACAAGUGAAGCGUUUAAAUGAAUAACACUAUAUGAGAUAAUGUGUUAAUUUUUAACGUUGUCCGAUUGACCACAGUGGUUAUGCAACUCUGCUUUAAAGAAACUCAGUGCUUGAAUUCAGUCUAAUAUCAUCUGCCAUAUCUACUGAUGGCUAGAGUAGGAACGGUGGUGAGAUUUGAGUGCUGUAUGCUCACUAAUGAAGUCUUGCCCAGUAUUUUCUUUCUAAGAUUAUAUCAGAAUAGAUGCUGUUAAGAUGUUUUUUUAAUGAGACAUGAGCAAUGAAAAAGAGUAAAAAUGUAGCAGGGCUUUUAAUCCUCAAACUUGGCGCUAUCUGACUCUGGCCACAAGAUAUCACUUCUGAUUGCCUUCUUUAUGACGUAUAAAGCCCACAUGAUUUGUAAAUCCCACAAGCAUAAUUGAACAUGAAUUCAUGAAUAAUGGACAGAAAGACUGGCUGGGCCACUUCAGAGAGACUACACCCAGGGAUGACCGGAGCACUCAGAGAACUGUUAAACUUUUUUUAUUCAGGUGCACAAACGACUGACGUUUCGACGCACUGCGUCUUCCUCAGAGUCAAAUCAUACUGGUAACAUUGCAUUCUCCCCUCCCUCUCCCAAGACAUUGGUUAGUAGUGAGGGGUGGGUAUUAACAGCAAUUAACCAGUACAAGCACUCGUAGAGAUGAAUAAUGGAUUUGAAACAUGAAAGGAUUUAAGAAACAAAAUGUGGUCCAUGUUAUGUAAAUUCUCAAACCUAAUCACAUAA